AUGCAUGCGUUUUGCGGUCUGUUGUGCAUCCUGAAGUGCCGAUUGGGUAGUAUCAGCCUUCACUUGCACACCAGACGGAGCCGCCUGAACCUGCGCGACCACCAGAAAUUAGAGAGAGCACAGAGACUGGAAGAAAACACGUUCAUGAUUGACAUUCGGGAGAACAGGGCUGUGGGUACGGGAAUCCUUCGAGCGCUUAUAGCAAUCUUAGUCGUAUUCUAGAUCCUUAACUUCUUCGCACCGUCCUUGAGCUUCUUCAGAAACCGACCGAUUCUUCCACGGGGUCGGUGCUGGACAAAUGAUGUGUUAGUGUUUGAAAUGGAGUGGACUGAGUGACCCUCAUCAGUCACGUACCGAGCUUCCACUAGCUGGGGAGUUGCUGCGGCUAGUUGUUGAAGCGAAGCAAGAUGAUGAGAAGGUUAGUACAAGCCUCGAGGCGUGGGUAGAGGGGAAGAAU